GUGAUACACUUUCUCCAACAAGGUCACAUCUCCUAACAGUGUCUUUUCCUAUGGGAGCCAUUUUCUUUCAAACCACAGAUGCCAAAGAGCCUUCAUCAGCCUUCUAACCUACAAUUCUGGAAGUUGAACUUUCCUGGAUUCCUUCACAUUAACAGGAAUGUCUGGGACCUGGCAUCUCAUGGGGCUUCAAACUGUCCAAAGAUGGCUCAGUAGGUUCAGGCUACUAGGCCAAGGUUGCUACAGGCACUGGAAUGCAGAUGGGAGUGCUAGCUGUGUCCGGUGCUGGAAUGGAACCUUCCCGACAUACAACGGCUCUGAGUGCAGAAUUCUCACUGGCCGGGGCAUGCAGUUUCCCAUGAACAGAAGCACAGGGACUCCUGGACAGCCACAUAUUGGGGGUCCUCAUGUGGCUGCUUCCCUCUUCCUGGGGACACUCUUCAUCAGCACAGGCCUCAUCCUCUCUGUGGCUGGGUUCUUCUACCUCAAGCGCUCCAGUAAACUUCCUGAGGUUUUCUACAGGAGAGACAGAGCCCCUGUCCUGCAGCCUGGUGAAACAGCUGCGAUGGUCCCCCUGCCACAGUCGUCAGUGAGGAAACCAAGAUACAUCAGACGUGAGCAGCACCCAGACAAGACUAGGGAUCCUUCUGCCUUCUCCACAGUGGAGGCCCACAUCAGCAACGUCUGACCUGGAGGUCAACUGAGUCUUCACAGCACAGCAUUGGAGACCCAAGGCUCCCCUCCAGUGAGCUCAACAAAGACAGGGCCUGGGGCUUAAGAUAGGCCAGAAUUGGCUCCCAAUGACAGAUACAUACAAAUGCUGGGGGGGGGGUAACCUCCAUGUCAUGAGAUCUUCUGUCCCACCCUUACUGUGUGGUUUAACAGGACUAACCAUCUGUUUGUGAGACUUGGAGACUCAAGAACAAGUCGGAGUCUGGACCCCUCAGGAGUCACAACAAAGUUCCAACAUCUGUAACAGCUACAACACAGGCCUGAUUCAAAUGGUCAAAACUUCUGGAGGCCACCGAGUGGAGCCCACUGUUAGACAGGACUCUAUCACCACAAUGCUAAGAAGAAUGAAACAAAGGCCCAGACAGUGGAGAAAACAACCUGAAAACUGGUACCAGAGAUAGGAUGCUCCAUCAUUGGUCUGCUAAUUUAUCUGCUGACCCCCAAGGCACACAUUUCUGAGAGUUGCAGACUUGAGUAUCUUGGGUUUCCUGAUUCCAGAUACCAGCAGAACCUAGUGUCCCAGGGACAUACCUGGGUACACAAAGUGAAAUGUUUGCCCACAAGGCCUCCAUAUCUGAACACUUGCAGGUCACUUGUGUCAUUGAGUUUGUGAGUGUAUGCUUGUCAGUGGUCCUAUCCUUGCUGUUCCAAGCAUCCAGAAGCAGUGCCUGUGAGCUGCUAGUGUGAGUGGUGGCAUUGGCCAUAUGCUUCUGUGUAAGAAGGUACCCUGUUAACCAAUGCCACCCUCCCUCUAUGGGUCAAGGGUCUCUAGCAUCUUCUUCAACAUCUGGCCCACAUCUGAUCUUACUAACAGGGACAUGAGCUUACUUUCCCAGACUUGAACCAGUGGCUAAGGUAGGAGCAGUGAUUUAAAGCUGGACCAAGUAAACUAAACUAGAUCUUCUCUCCUCUAGCCUUAUUACCUACCCCAAGUGUCAUCUAUUCAAUGUGUGUGGGCCAACUGCCCCAUUGCCAUGCUCAGUGGACAGGGAGUCAGAGAAGCAAAGAGGGGCCCCUCAGCAGGAUCCAGGACCUGCCAUCUGUUGUCUGGUGAGACUGGCAUUACAACACAGUCCAUCCCUAUCUGUGACCUUGCCAGUUCAGAACGCUGUCUUAUAUGAAGUGACUACCAAGCUCCUUAGGACUUGAGAUAGCUUGCCAAUCACAUGUGCCAUGGUCCUGCAGAUAAAAUUACAGAUGUAGUUCUGUGUGGUGGUGCACGCCUUUAAUCCCAGCACUUGGGAGGCAGAGGCAGGUGGAUUUCUAUGACUUCAGUCUGUUCUACAAAGCAAAUUCUAGAAUAAUCAGAGCUAUACAAAGAAAUCCUGUCUUAAAAACAAACAAGCAAAACAACAGAUUCAUCACUAGUUUUAUGGGGUCCACUGACAGUUUAUGGAUCUAAGUCACCCUUAGGGAAAACAGGACCCUCUAUGCUGUCCACCUGAGUUCAGCUUGGUGGUCUCACUCAAAGCCCAUGAGUAGAUGUGGAGAUGUUUGUCUGCUGGCUAGUGGAGGAAUGCAAAAUGAGUGCAUAGGGAUUCUAGAAGUCUUGUCUGUAGUGGUUUGAAUAAGAAUGCCCUCCCAUGGGCUUGUAUACCUGAAUGCUUGAGAUGAAUUAGGAGGUGUGGCCUUGUUGGAGGAGGUAUGUCACUGGGGUGGGCUUUAGGGUUUCAAAAGCUCUAGCUGUUGCCUGUGGGUCUGGAUAUAGAAACUCAGCUCCUUCUCCAGUACCAUGUCUGCCUGUGUGUCACCAUGCUUUCAGCCAUGCUGAUAAUGAACUACCUUUGAAACAGUAAGAGUCCCAAUUAAAUGCUUUCCUUUAUUAAGA